AUGACGAAUAAGAAAAAUGUUAUUGAAACGACAAACUUAAAGCAAAAUUGUAAUGAUGAUAAAAGCAACGUGUGGAAAGUACAUGAUUUAAAAUAUGACGAAAAAAUAUAUAAUAAGAAUAAUUAUAAGAAUGAUUGUUUUUCCUUUUUCAGAAAUAUAAAAAUAAUUGAUAAUGAUAAAAGUGUAUUAAGUAAUAUUUGUUGUACAAAUAAUUAUUUAUUUGUUAGUACUUAUAAUAAAGUAUAUAUAUUCAAUUUUGAUAACAUUUUAAAUUUAAUAAGAGGAAAUGAAAAUCAAAGCAAUAAUCAUAUUAUAAAUAAUACUACAAUAGAUAAUAAAAAAAGUACGGAUGAACAAGAAACAGAACAAAUGGAUGGUAUUUAUAUAAAUAAUGAUAAUUCAGAUGUUUUAAAAUUGAAAGACGUUUAUAAAAAAAAUACUUUUUUUAAUGAUGAAGAAUCAUCAAGUGAUGAUGAUGAAAAAAAUACACUAUUUGAAAUGAACACAUUUUAUAAAUUAUUAAAGAAAUGUUAUAAUGAAAAUGUCGUUACACAAAAUAGUAUCAAGAAAUUUUAUUCUAACAACCAACAUAAUGAAUCGAAAAAUAAUAAAGAAGAUAAUAAUAAAAACAUGAAUAUGCAAAUUGGUAGUAAUAGUAGUAACCCUUUUGGUAAUAAAAAAAAUAAUGAUGAUAGUGUUAUCGAAAUAAAUGAUUAUAAAUCAAAAACUGAAGAACUAGAAAAUAAAAUAGAAAAAUUAAAAAAGGACUUGAACAAAAAUAAUAAUAAUAAUAAUAAUAAAUAUAAUUAUAAUAAAUAUAAUUAUAAUAGUCGUAAUUUAAUUCAUUUUAAUAAUCUCAAUAUUGAUAUAUUUAAUAAUAUAGGAUUUAGAGAAGAAUAUUUAUAUUAUGACAAUUAUGUUGAUUCUUCCUCAAAUAAAAAGAAAAAAAAUAUAAAGGAUGAAGAAAAAAAAAAAAAUGAAAACGAUGAAAAUAAAAAAAAAGUUCAGGAAGAAGAAGAAGAAUUAAAGAAGAAAAAAAUCAUAGAAGAAGAGAAUAAUAGAAAUGAAGAAUUAAAAAAAAAUGGAUUUUAUAUAAAUAAUAAUUCCUUAGAAAUCAAUAUAGAUCUAUUAAAAUAUAAGACAAAGCAAAAUUGUCCUUUAUUAGAAUAUAUAGGAUCAUUAAAAAAUGUUUCCUCACCAAUUUUAAUGAUGAAAAAUAAUAAGAAUAAAUCAAUAUUAACCAUCCUAACAUAUAAUGGAAGUGUUUAUAAUUAUAAUAUUUCUGAAAACGCUUUAAAUUAUUUAAAAGAGAGAAGGAAUGAACAAAUAGAUAUGCUUACUAAUAUAGAAUAUUAUUUAACGAAAAAAGGAAAAACUGAUAAUUUUAUUGACACUGGAAAAAAAGAUCAAUAUAAUAAGAGGAAAAAUGUUAGUAAUAAUAUGUCAGGAAUAGGAGGAUCUUAUUAUAAUGAAAAUGAUAUAGAUCAAAAUAUAUAUAAUUAUGACAAACAAGAUGAUGAAGAAGACGAGUUCUCUUUAUGUCCAUUAUCUAUAUGUAUUUCUUAUUUUACAUUUUCUAUAAAAUGUUUUGAUUUUCUUUUUGAUGAUAAAACCAUAAUUUGUGUUGGUUCAAAUAAAGAUUAUUUUCUUUCUUUUAUUAAUUGUAAAAAUGGAAAACAAAUUAUCUAUGACAAAAAAAUAAAAAUUCAAAGGCCAAAAAACAGCAUGAAUAUAAAUUAUACAUUAAUCUAUGAUUUCAAUUUUAUAUAUGUAGAUAAAGAAAAAAAACAAUUUAAUGGAAAUGAAGGCCAUUUUGUAUAUCUAGGAACAACAUGUGGUUAUUUAGUUUUUAUAUUUAUUAGUGAACACUUUUAUAAUCUUGUAAAUGAUUUAUUAACAAAUGAUAAUGUAAAAAACAAUUCAUUAUUUUAUUAUGAUGAAUAUUAUAAUGUUAAUAUAGGACAAGAUAUCUCUCAAUAUAUUAUUGGAAAUGUUGAUGAUAUAUACAAAAUAGAUAAAAAGGAAUUAUAUACAUUAUUUGAUGAUACUGAAGAUUAUGUAAAUAGAAAAAAUACCUUUUUCUUUGACAAUUCAAAAGAAAAUAUAUUUAAAAAUGUACCACAAAAUUUCUUUUCUUAUGCAUUCUAUAUAUCAAAGAACGCUAAAGUUAAUUCAAUAAUAAGUGUAAAUACAAAAAGUAAUAAAAAUAUAAAUGUAAUCAUAGGCCUAAAUGAUGGAAGGUUUAUUAACUUUCUUUUUCAAAUAUGUCCAAACAUUUCAUGUGUAACAAUUAAAAAUAAUUAUUCUAUUUCAAAUCAAAAUUUUAUACAAAAUGAAACUCAUGAUAAGUUAAUCACACAACAAAAUGGUAUUAACAAUCAAGAAAAUAAUAAUAUGAUGUCACAAAUAGAUAAAUUCAUAACAAAAAGUGAAAAAAUUAUCUAUGAUUUUACAGGUUUACAUCAAGCGUCAACAAUAACAAAAAUGAACUUUCACUAUCAAUCAUUUUUUCAAAAAUAUUUUAUUUUUAUAAAUUCUAAUAUAAAGAAAAUUAAUGAAAUGUCAGAUAAACACUUUUAUACUACUUAUAUUUUUGAUAUAUAUAGAAAAAAAAUUGAUAUUUUAUAUCAACACCUUUCAUAUAUUAUUGAUUCUUGUAUAUCUUCUUCUCUUUAUUUUUGUUUAGAAGAUAAUAAUACCAUAUCUGUUUUUUCUUUAUUAAAUAAUACAUAA